UAGUAUAUAUAAAUAUAUAGAUUACAUAGAUAUAGAUUUUUUUCAGGUAAGAAAAGGAAGAAGAAGAAGAAAACGGAGUGUUGGGUUGGAGCUUGGGUUUUGAUUGACUGAAACAAUGUCGGGAGGAAGCUCGAAGUCCACCAUUUACAUAGGCAAUUUGGAUGAGCGGGUUAGUGAGAGAGUGUUGUAUGAUAUUCUGAUUCAAGCAGGGCGAGUACUUGAUUUGUACAUUCCUCGUGACAAAGAAACUGAUAAGCCUAAAGGUUUUGCCUUUGCUGAAUAUGAAACCGAGGAAAUUGCGGAUUAUGCUGUGAGGCUUUUCACUGGUCUGGUCACUCUCUACAACCGCACUCUCAAGUUUGCAAUCUCUGGUCAAGACAAACCGUCACUUAAUACAAACCCUGGAACUACUCAUGCAUCAAAUGUUCCUCAUAAACUGAGAUUACAGCCUAUACCGAUGAAUGAUAUGGAACGAAUAUCAAACAGAUCAUCUUCUUACCCUGUAAAUUUCUCUCAAGGUUUAAAUAAUGGAAACAAUUUUGACCAUAGUCGUCGAAUUUUUGGGGCUGAUUUGGAUAGCAUUAACCGUUCUAGGUUACGUCGCUUUGACACAAGUAAUCCUGUUUCCUACCCUCCCUACUAAAGUUGCCAUAACACUGUUGAAGGUCAAAAUCUCAUUUUGUAACUCUCUGUUUUUCAAAUUAAAUGGUAUUUUAGGCAGAUAUUGAAGAUAGUCUGUAAGGUUUACCGCUGGAGUCAAUGAGCUAAAUUAGGUACUCUUAAGUUAGAUGACAUAGUAUUUUGUGCGAGAGUGUGGUGUAAUAUUUAGGUUUGAUGAACGAGUGGCAAUUUUUUUUCCUGGCUUUUUUUUUUUAUAUAUAUAUAUAUUAAUACUAGUAUUUAAUGCUGUACUUUAUAUUUCAGAACCAAAUUUGGUGUGAAUUUAUACUAGUUUGUUCUUGCGCUCUUAGACUAUCUCCAAUGGAGAUUGGAAAUGUAAAUAAGUUAUGGAAAGUUAAAAUAUGGUUCACUUAGCAAAAA